CCGCCGAGUUUAAAAGGAAAGUGCCAAUAUUGAAAUAAUACUUAAAGCGUAAUUACUUCAUUUUUGUUGGAUUUUCAGUGUGAAACUUGCAGAUUCAGAUUUAAUUAAAUUUUACUUCAAAUUAUUUGUUUAACCCGUAUGUUUUGCUUUGCAAAUCUAUCGGUGGAUAUUAAACUGUACGAUAUAAAUAUAAAAACAGACGGCUCACAUCUUCACUAAAUCAGUAUUUACGUUUUUUUCUGUCGGAUAGAAGGGAUAAACACAGAGUUCUAGAUUUAUUUGAGGGUGCUAUUUAUACAUAUGGAUAUAAAAUUAGUGGAUACAAUAUCGAACAACACGUUUUUCGUUGACAUUUGUUUUUUGAUUAAUACAGACAUUGAAUGAAGUAAAUAAUGACACGGAUUUUUUUUAAUGAUCUAUAGGAAUUGGCAUUUUAGACACAAAUGUAUAAAUUGCAGAGGGAGUGAUUAAAAUCCACAUAAAUCUUAACAAUCCGUACGACAUGUUUGACGGUUAACCCUUGCGAGCAACCACAGCGCAACAAUCAUUUGAAAUAAGUGCGUUAAACAUAUCCGUGGGUGUAGGCAUAAUUAUGUUUAUAUAAAAUGUAAACAAACUAUACGAACAUGCGGGAUUUUCAGACACAGAAUUGCGUCACCUGGCAAACUCUGACAUUCUGGUCUAUAAGUCUGGCUGCGCUGAGCUGGUCGGCAUCGGCGGUGGAGGAUACUCGUGUUCCGCUGAAGAUAUCCUUCCUUACUUCCGCCGGCGACUCUAAAGGAUCCAAGACAUUCGCCGGCGCGUUCUUUAGUGCCCUGGACUUUGUGAACCAGAACAAGUCACUGCUGCCCGGUUACAGACUGGAAUGCCUUUUUAACGACACAGACCGAAACUCCCUGAAUGCCAUUAACGCAAUGACGUCACACUACGGGAACGAGAUUCUCGCGUUCAUCGGGCCUGACGAGUCGUGUCUCUGUGAGUCGACGGUGGCGGCGGCAUGGAACCUUCCCAUGAUCGGUUACAAAUGCCACGACUCCAAGAGCUGGAGUGAGGAAGACAUACAGACACGGCGGACAUUUGCUACAACCCAGCCCUCCACAGCCAAGGUGUCUAAGUCAAUACUCGCCAUCCUGCAGUACCACCAGUGGAACAGGGUGACCUUGGUUGUGGGUGCGAGCUCUAUCUGGAACGAGACAGCCCAGAGCCUGAGGACGCUCAUGAAGGACCACAACAUUCGGUUGCUUGACGCCAUAUAUUUCCCGGAACCUUACGCUUCCGGAGAGGAAAUGUAUCACAUUGUGGAAAAGUCAUACCGAGUGACGCGCAUAUACGUGUUUCUGGGUGACCACCACGGCCUGAUUGACUUCAGUCGUCUGCUUAAGGCGCACGUGAAGGACCGGAUAUCCGAGUACGUCGUCAUCGCCGUGGACGAACGCAUGUACACCGAGGACCCGCACUCCUAUCUCCUCAAAACACCAUUCGAAUCCAAAGACGACUUGAACACGUAUCAAGUACAGUCGUUCGAGACGGUCCUACUGCUGGUCCCUCGUCCGCCCCUUAAUGACGACUGGGACCACUUCCUAGAUGACGUCAGACGCAGGAACACUGAGCCACCAAUUAACGGCUUCGCACAGGUCUACAAAGGAUCCGCGAUUAAGGUUCCAAUCUACGCCGCCUUCCUGUACGACGCUGUGCACACGUACGCACUAGCCCUGCAUGAGACGCUCACAUCCGGGGGCGACAUGCGCAACGGCACGGCGCUCAUAGCUCAUAUCCGCAAUACCACAUAUACAAGUAUCCUAGGCUACGACGUCUACAUCGACCGCCAGGGGGACGCGGAGGGCAACUACACGCUCCUCACUUUCGACGUCCACCAACCUGACUCCCAGGUAGAGCUACUUCAGGUUGGCAACUUCCGGAUGACCCAAGGUGGCGUCGGCAUACCCGAGUUGAACCUGUUCCGGGAUAUAAAGUGGAGGAACGGCGGCCCGCCUCGAGACGAGCCAACGUGCGGCUUUCACGGAGAGAAGUGCAAACACAAGUCACCGCUUUGGACGAUUCUGUCCGUUGUCAUAGCAAUAACGGUCAUUGUCGGGAUAACAGCCGGCUUUGGUGUGAGACACUACAUGUACGAGCAGAAGCUGGCCCGUCUGCUGUGGAAGGUUGACUUCAAGGACAUCGCUCCGCUUGUGCAGUCCGUGGAUGAGAACCUCUUACCGCCUAACAUGAAGAAGAGGAAACGGUCCAAGAGCCAUCCGUUCAAGUUCAUAUUUUCCCACGAUAACGAGUCGGAGCGAACCACGCUGCUUGGAGAGGAAGUCAAGCGGGACAGCUCGUUCAGCAGCGCCAGGGCUCAGCGCUGCCUAAUCGGCUACUACAAAGGCACCGUGGUGUCAAUCAAGCACAUCGCGAGGCGCCACGUUGAGAUCGACCGAGAUCUCAAGAAGCAGUUGCAGCUUCGCAAAGAGCUCAACCAUGACAACGUGGCUCGCUUCAUCGGCGCAUGCGUGGAGUCCCCGCACGUGUACAUCCUGACCCAGUUCUGUCAGAGGGGCAGCUUACAAGACAUUCUGAAUAAUGAAGAUUUCAGUUUGGAUGAUAUGUUCGUAUCCUCUCUGGUGUCCGACCUUAUCAAAGGUAUGACGUUCAUCCACGACAGCGAGAUCCAUUACCAUGGCAACCUGAAGACCAGCAACUGCCUAGUGGACGCACGUUGGGUUCUUAUGGUAACGGACUUCGGACUGCACAGGCUAGGAAACGGGCGCGCUAGCAGCUCCCCGGACCCACAAAACUAUUACGAAACUAUAGUGUGGCACGCACCGGAAGUACUCAGAGGCACGAGCCGAGAGUCUGUGGGCACGCAGAAGGCGGAUGUGUACGCGUUCGCGCUCAUCCUGUACGCGCUGUUAGGCCGGAAGGGACCGUGGGGAGACACCGAGUAUUCCAGCAAAGAAAUCAUUGAGCUACUACGGAGCGAGAGUUCCUCGAUCAGACCGGAUAUGGCAAGCCUGGCGUGCGAGUCAUACAUAAGCGACUGCAUCCGGGACUGCUGGGCGGAGGAUCCGGAUAUGAGACCAACCUUCAAGGACAUCCGCGUGAAACUGAAGCCGAUGUUACAGGGAAUCAAGUCAAACAUAUUGGACAACAUGCUGUACAUGAUGGAGCGAUACUCCAAUAACCUGGAGAGUCUGGUCGCUGACCGCACAGAGUUGUUGUUCGAAGAGAAAAAGAUGACGGAGAAUCUGCUGCUUAGGAUGUUGCCAAGGUUCGUUGCUGAGCGGCUGAAGAAAGGUGAGCCGGUGGUGCCGGAAGUGUACGACAGCGUCUCCAUCUACUUCUCGGACAUCGUGGGCUUCACCGCCCUGUCAGCGGAGAGCACCCCUAUGGAGGUCGUCUGCAUGCUAAACGAUCUGUACACGUGCUUCGACGCCAUCGUGGAGAACUUUGACGUCUACAAGAUUGAGACGAUUGGUGACGCGUAUUUUGUCGUGAGUGGUCUGCCCUUGCGAAACGACGACCUGCAUGCGGGCGAGAUAGCGUCUAUGUCACUGCGCAUGCUCCAGGAAAUAAAACGCUUCAAGAUACGUCACAGACCUAACGACACGCUCAAGUUGCGGAUCGGUCUGCAUUCGGGUCCCUGCGUCGCCGGUGUGGUGGGCCUGAAGAUGCCGCGCUACACGCUGUUUGGUGACACCGUGAACACAGCGUCCCGUAUGGAGUCCACGGGAGUGCCCCUGAAGAUCCACUGCAGUGAGACUAUCACGUGUCUGCUAAGGAAGCUGGGAGGCUACCAACUCACUGAGCGAGGCCUCGUCAACGCCAAGGGCAAAGGCGAGAUGCUGACCUUUUUCCUUGAGGGUGAGGACGAAUCUCACCGGCAGAGGCGCAUCUCUCACAGCCGCCUUUCCGGUAAAAUCACGCCCAAUGGUGACCUCAAUCCAGCGGGCGAGAUCUUUGGCGCGCCUAUCAUCCAUCCACGAUAUUGGACCAAUGGAUUCACUAACAGCUCAUGUGACCUCUCCCCGGUAUUUCCGAACUACAAUCACAACAUUCCAAUUAUAGAGAACUGUGAUAGCCCCGAGGACAAUGUGUUUGACAAAUCUUUCAAUGCGCAUGACGCUCCCUCUCCUCCCUCUCAGAAAGGUAUGCAGCGGAGCGGUUCCACGCAGCAUCCUCAUGCUCUAAACUCAACAUGCAACUCAAAACUUCAGGAUCUAUUGACCGGCAACCAGUCGGCCAAACGCCCGACCAGACUUGGGAGACAGAUAUCGGAUUCGGUCGACGGUCAACAAAAUUCAGAACCCUUGAAUAAAAUAACGUUGGGACUUCUGCAUAGAAAUUUAUCAGUCCCAUCGUACAUGAUUGCAGAGGACAGCGUUUGACAGGGAGGCGACAACCCCGACACAUUGUUUCUGAAACCCUAUAACAUCCGCAGUUGCUCUUCGGGUCUCGUGACGAUUAUAACACCACGUCAUAAUGCUAAUUGUUAGAGAACCUGAUUUAACUGGCGUAUGGUUGUCUAAGAUGAAAAUAAUUGCUCACGACUCGGAGCCAGCAUCCACGAGUACGAGGAAUACCAUUGAAAAUGUGUUGCCUCCAACCUCACACUGUCGAAAACAUGCGAUAAUUAAUAAAACUCUAAUACUUGAUACAUUAUAGCAUCAUUCUUGGAAAAUGGGGUUUAAUGCAUAGAUCAUUCUUUGGAAAAUGGGGUUUAAUGCAUGUGUGUUUGGUGUCGUUCCACAGGCUUAUCAGUACGACACUUUACGCGUUCAUCGUAUUUAUCAUUUAAAGAAAAUCUAUUAUUAGCGACAAUCAAAGUAAGGCAGAAUCUAAUGUCGCUGAUAAGCCUGUGCGGGCCAAACAAUACCAAUGUAAGUGUAAACUUAUGUCAUCAGUUUUAAAGAAAAGUGCAAUAGCUUACUAGUAUGCACAGCAUGUUAAAACAAUAUAUAAUGCAACUGCAUCAGCUUUUCGCUUCCGGAAAGCAGAUCAAAUUAUGUUGUUAUUUGUUUAUUAGGUUGUUAUAUUAUAAAAAAUACAUGUUAGGACACAUACAUAUAGGAUCUGGCAAGAGUUGUCAUAUCAUACCAUAUUUUAUUAAACGAGUUCAGGAAUUGUGUUAGUAAGCGAGCCUUUGACGAGUUUAAUAAAAUAUUGUAUGAAAUGACAACGAGUGUCAGAUCUUUUUCAUCACAUUUACGCAAACAUAAUUACCAAUCCCGAAUAUUGUUGCAACGUCAUUUCAGCAAAAUAACAAAAUGCGAUUGGUCAAUCGAACGAAAACUAAGCCAAUAAAAUGCUUUAAAAGUAAAUUACACAUGUGUAAGAUAAAAAUAUUCGUAAUGGUUAUAUUACAUGGGAAACUGGGUAUGGCAUGUGAUAAAUAUAGGAUCUGGCAUGAGUUGUCAUAUCAUACCAUAUUUUAGUGUCAGAUCUUUUUAUCACUUGCUUUUAAAUGAGCAAAUUAAAUAAAUAUUUACGCAAACAUAAUGUUAAAACCCGAAUGUUGUUUACAUUUCGUGACGUCAGCAAAGUAACACAAUGCGAUUGGUCAAUAAACGAAAACUAAGCCAAUGAAAGCGAUUAAAAAGUAUAUUACACAUGUGUAAGAUAUAGAGAAUAUUUGUUGGAUUUGAUGGAAUAUCGAUUUUAUUCCUCGAGUGAUCAUAUAAAAUAAUUUUAUUUUAUGCUUUUUUCACUGUUUAUUUUCAUUGUAGAAGAGUUUAACUGGAUAAUUUUGCUGGAUUUAUGACGUCAUUUCGUAAAAAAAACGUCAUUUCACAGAAAAACAGUGAAAAAUAUCGUUAUUUUUCACUGAUAUUUUUCACUAUUUUAAAUAGUGAAAAAUCAGUUUUAUUUCACUGAUAUUUCUCUAUAAACCACCACCAGAAAGCAUAAAAAAUAUUCGUAAUGGUUUUAUUACAUAGGAAACAAGGUAUGGCAUGUCAUAAAGUAGUUUAUUUAAAUGUGCAUACUGUUCUCAUAUUUAUCAUGAGUGUUUUGUAUAUAUAUAUAUAUAUAUAUAUAUAUAUAUAUAUA